AUGGUGUACAAACGAUUGUCUGGGGACUGUCCACCUUAUAUGUCCCAAAUGCUCAACCAACUAAAGUUAUUCUCAAAUGUUGGACAGAAACAGAGAGUUCCCUUAUUUUUAUUUCACCCACUGGUAUUUGACCGACAAGUAUCUGAUGUCAUCCAGCCUGAAACAGUUGGAUGUAGAUUGCUGUGUGGACAUGAGCAUUUUGUAUUUGGUGUGAUAAAUUCAGAAUGGGAGAAAGAACAAAGGAAUUUGCAAUCAACAUUAAUAUCCCGUUUUAUGACAGGCCUCCGCACACAAGGUUUCCUUAUUGCCUGUGAUAAAGUCCCUGAACCAUGGUUUGAUUCAAGUAAAGAUUUUUUGAGUAUCAAGUCCAUUGUAUCUACAUGUAAUAUCACCCAGGCUGACAUAGUUAUAGAACUGGUCAUAUUUUAUGACAGGAAAUCUUAUUUGUGGCAUGGACCUAUUCAAGGGACUACCACAGCUGCUUUAUUCAAAUAUCAAGCUGCUCAUACCAAGUUCUCCAUUGAGGAAAAAGUUAUUGAUGGAAUACACAUCAGUAUUCCUGCAGAUCAAAAGAAAAUUACUUUAGAGACUAGCCAGUCACAAUUUACAGGUUGUAAUCUCACAAAUGCUCAAGCUUACUAUAGCAAAUAUGGAAGAGAUGUUUCCCAAGAUGCAGUCCUUUUUAAAAAGAUAGCAUUAGAAGUUUUGUCCACUGCCAUUACUGCACUGGAUCGCCUGGGUGUUCGAUUUUGGCUGAGCAGUGGAACAUGUUUGGGUUGGUUCAGGCAAUGUGACAUCAUUCCCCACAGUAAAGAUGUUGACAUUGGUAUAUGGAUAAAGGACUAUAAUGCACUUCUUAUCGCUGCGUUUGAGAAAAAUGGACUGUUUUUAAAACACAAAUUUGGCCGGAUGGACGAUAGCUUUGAGUUGUCGUUUAGAACGAAAGAGGAUUAUGUGAAAUUAGAUAUCUUCUUUUUCUACGAAGAGAAGGAAUACAUGUGGAAUGGUGGUACACAGGCCAAAACGGGGAAAAAAUUCAAGUACAUCUUUCCAAAAUUUACUCUUUGUUGGACAGAGUUUCUUCUCAAGAAGGUACGCAUUCCUUGUGAAACAGAAUCUUAUAUCAUGGCAAACUACGGUAGGAACUGGCAGAUUCCAAUCAAAGAAUGGAACUGGAAGGAAAGCCCGCCAAAUGUGCGAGAGAAUGGUCAGUGGGACGAGAAGGACUGGGAUGAAGUAAUUCAACUCUUUUGAGACUUCGAUAAUGGAAAUAUUUAUGAGUCAAUUUUUAUAUUUCCUUCAUUUAUUUAUAAUAAAAAUGAAUCAACCUCA